AUGGUCACUGUAGCAGUAGCCGGAGGAACAGGCGGCUUCGGGAAGACCAUUGUGCAGGAGCUCGUCAAACAAAAGAGGCACAAAGUGAUCAUUCUGAGUCGGAAGGCUUCACCAGUCAAGGAUCUUGAUGUCCCUGUUCUGGCGGCAGAUUACUCCAACCCAGCUUCCUUGCGAACACUUUUCACAGAUGAGCAAGUGGAGAUUGUGAUCUCAGCCAUAAUCAUGGCUUCGGAGCAAAGUAAUCAAGCCCAACUCAACCUCAUCGAAGCCGCUGCGCAGACGUCCUCGGUCGAACGAUUCAUGCCCAGCGAGUUCGGUGUAAACUACACGCCCGAAAUGCUAUCUUUCCACCCUGCCGCAGCCUGGUGGCUGUCUGCCGUCUCCGCCCUCCGCGCCUCCAACAUGCAGUUCACGCGCGUCAUGUUCGGUUGGCUGACUGAUUUCCUGGGAACCCCCCAUUUCCCUUCCAACCUCUCUGGAUUCAAGUACGUACUCGAUUUCGAGAACCGCAGGGCCGCUAUCCCCGGGGAUGGCACAGAUUCAAUCACAUUUCUGCACUCUAGAGACGUGGGGAGAUAUGUGGCGGCGCUAGUUGAUGAAGCGGAAGACGGGAAAGAGUGGCCCGAGAUAAGCGCGUUUGCUGGUGAUCGGAUGACGUGGGGCGAGGCUGUGAAGCUUGCGGAGGAGGUUACCGGUUAGUUUUGCUCUUCCUUUCUUUUCCUUGUUUUUCAUGUUGCUCUGGUCAAUCUCUGUAGGCAUAAACACGUGGUUUCUUGUGAUUAUUUUGGCUAAUGUUUUGUGCUGU